GCGGCCGCGGAGAUGGACCCUGUGCUGGACCUGGGCGAGGAGCGGCGCCGGGGCUCGGCCACCUCCGGGGCCAAGAUGGGUCGCCGAGCUCAAUUGGAGUCCACUCGGGCUGACAAUCACUCUAGUAGCAAGAGUUCUUCGUUGACUCUGGCUGGAGAGGCUCCCCCUCCCAAACCCCCUCGCAGGCUUGGAGGCUGGACAGAUGAUUCCAUGAGGACCUCAAAGUUGGGAAGGAAGGCUUCUGAAGAGAUAGAAGAGGCCAGUCACCGCCUCAGACAGCAGAGCCUGGAUGGAUCAGAUGAUGGAGAUAUUCCCAUCAUUCCUGAUCUGGAAGAAGUACAGGAAGAAGAAUUCAUUUUGCAGGUGGCGUCCCCUCCCAGUGUCCAGGUAAACCGAGUGAUGACCUACCGCGACCUGGACAAUGACCUCAUGAAGUACUCAGCCUUUCAGACCUUGGAUGGCGAGAUCGACCUGAAACUCCUCACCAAAGUUCUGGCACCAGAGAACGAAGUCCGAGAGGAGGACGUCGGCUGGGAUUGGGACCAUCUGUACACAGAGGUGUCCUCAGAGCUCCUCAGCGAGUUGGACCUGCUGCAGACAGAGAAGGAGGACCCUGCUGGGCUACUCAAGCAGACCUGAACCCAUAGCCUCCAUUCUGGACUUGAACAGAGGAGGCCUUGUGUGAGGCCAAGAACCUUCCCCGCUGCCUCUCCUGGACACUGCAUUGGCUCAGCCGGACUGGCCACAGCUAGCAAAGCGCACUCUCUGACCGUGGGGAGCUUCUCUCCUUCUGCCUGGAAAGCCCUUCAUUAAAAUUCAGAAAAACAAAAAGGCUCAACACAUCAAAAACCCACUGGGGGGUUAUUUUUGUGUGACUACAGUGCCCUUCCCUAGUGAGCCACAUGGCUCCAGAACAGGCAGAGUGCGUGCUUGGCUGCUAAUUAUAAACCCAGGGAUUUAGUGGCUUUGGGGUCCCGUUCCCUCCUUUUCCAGAGUUGUACUAUUAGCCCUGACAGGUCCUCUUUGGAAUAAAUCCCAUGGCU